AUGUGCUUCACGAACGGCCUAUGUAAAGCCAACACUGUCGAUCAAUACAAUUGGAAUUGGCGCGUUGGCUGUACCGACUCAACUUUCAGUGAUCCUGCUUGUCCAAACUAUUGCAAAGGAAUUGGAUCUGAUGAUGGCGCCCACUUGAUAUUUCAAUGUUCCGAUGACGAGACCUGGUGCUGUGCCACUGGAAAUGUGGACAACUUCGUGCGGAACUAUAACUUCACCUGCUGCAGUAAAGCCGACCUGACCUUCUACAACAACUCAUAUAUCGUCAUCGGCUCUGACAACUUCCACCGCGCAACAAGCUUUCUCUUCGACAAUCGAUAUCGCCAGCUUCACAGCCCAGUCUACCGUGGCCUCGCCAAGUUCUACAGAUACACAACAAGACUCAUCCUCUUCAUCAAAGACCCUGGCUAUCGGGAUGGGUUUGGCACGCGGCACAAUGAGGGGCUUCUAAAUGUAUUGGAUGCGGAUGAUCGAGGUCAUGAGGUAGAGAUGGCACACCAGCGAUCUCCAGUUGAGCUGGAAGGCAAGCGUAUGAGCCGGCUAUACGAGUAG